GAUAGAAGAGGGCUCGCAGGGCCGUGCCACCUGCCCCCUAGCUAGGUUGCUCGCUUGCUCCCUCCCGUUGCACUCCCUACCGCCAAUAUGCUGCCGAGACUGGGCGGCCCAGCGCUGCCACUCCUGCUGCUGCUGCUGCUGGGCGCGGGUGGCAGUGGCGGUCGCGGGGUGCGCUCCGAGGUACUGUUUCGCUGCCCGCCCUGCACGCCCGAGCGCCUGGCCGCCUGCGGCCCCCCGCCGACUCCGCCCUGCGUCGAGUUGGUCCGGGAGCCGGGCUGCGGCUGUUGCUCGGUGUGCGCUCGGCUGGAGGGCGAGGCGUGCGGUGUGUACACCCCACGCUGCGGCCAGGGGCUGCGCUGCUAUCCCAACCCGGGCUCGGAGCUGCCCCUGCAGGCACUGGUCCAUGGGGAGGCCACUUGCGAAAAGUUGCAGAACGUCACUCCCCAGCAGGUUGCAGAUAAUGGCGAGGACCAUCCUGAGGGAAGCCUGGUCGAGAACAAUGUGGAUGGGACCAUAAACAUGUUGGGAGGCACGGGCAGUGCUGGCCGCAAGUCCCUCAAGUCGGGCAUGAAGGAGCUGGCCAUGUUCCGGGAGAAGAUCAGCGAGCAGCAGCGGCAACUGGGCAAAGGCGGCAAGCAUCACCUCGGGCUUGAGGAACCCAAGAAGCUGCGGCCACCGGCCCCUAGGACCCCCUGCCAGCAAGAAUUGGACCAAGUGCUGGAGCGGAUCUCCACCAUGCGCCUUCCGGAUGAUCGGGGGCCCCUGGAGCACCUCUACUCCUUGCACAUCCCCAACUGUGACAAGAAUGGCCUGUACAACCUCAAACAGUGCAAGAUGUCCCUGAAUGGGCGGCGUGGCGAGUGCUGGUGCGUGAACCCCAACACCGGGAAGGUGAUCCAGGGCGCCCCCACCCUCCGGGGGGACCCUCAGUGUCAUCUCUUCUACACUGGUCAAGAAGAGGCUCCUGCGGUACAAGACCAGCAGAUUCAGUAGUGCGCAGCGUGCCCGUGCCUGACUCCUUCCUCCCGCCCCCUCUCCGAAUCCCCCCAGCAGACAUUGGAGAGUAUCUGGGUGGUAGGGGUGGGGAAUCUUCCAGGAGCUUUGACACACGUGUAUUUAUAUUUGGAAGGAGACCAGCACCACUGCGCUCAAGCCCCCUGCUCUCUCCCCAGCUGGAGAUGCCUGCAACUCCCACCCCCCUUGCUUCCUUCAGGGUAAUGAAGCGGGGUGUGGUGAGGAAGCUGGGGUAGAGGUUUGGGAAGGGGUGGAAAGAAGUUUUUAUUUUUGAAGCCCUGUGUCUCUUUUGCUCAAAAUUAAAAAAAGGAAAAUUCAA